UAUUGUAAUAUCGCCAAGUGUUAUUAGUCUUUAGAAGUUUCUCGAAAUAAUAAGAAAUUAUAAGUGCGCAUAUUUAUUUCAUGUUACAACGAUAGUGGAUAAAACAUCAAUUUAUUGCAGCUAUUUAUUGUAACGAAACAUACACUUGCUUAGAAUUUGUAGUACAUCUCAUUAUACAGAAUAUCUAAGAUAAAAAGUAGUAUCAUGUUUCUUAAACUAUUGUUAAGUAGCAGUUUAACAAUCAUCGUCGCGGCGGCUUUUUUAACCGACGAUCAGAUAAUUACAAUAUCUCAAGAAGAGUUAAGCAAGAUCUCGAUUUAUAUAUUACCGCAACAUUAUGAUAUCAUCGUUACAUAUAUCGAAAAAAAUAUUCUUUUCAUCGACUGCAGUAUACGUACACAGAUUAAACAUUCAACACCAAGCAUUAUAUUAUAUUUACACCUAAAAAAUAUUAAUCUAACUGUGGUUUAUUAUCCAAAUUAUUAUUCUAUGAAUGAUAUUAAAACUACGAACAUUUAUACACCGGUAAGAACUAUGUAUGAUGUUGAGAACAACAUUGUCGAAUAUACAUUCGCUGAAGAUCUAUUCCCAGGGUAUUACAUCAUAAAAUUAGUUUAUAAUAUAACUGAAGAUACAGGCUUAAAAAACUUUUAUAAAAGAGAUGGGCGACAGUGGUUGGCAACGUAUGUUGAUCGUAUUGGAAUCCAACAUAUGAUUCCGACUUUGCCCGAAUCUUCAGGAACCAUCAUGCCCUAUUAUGAUAUUAUUGUCGAACAUUAUCAAAACUAUACAGUUUUAUCAAAUGAACCAAAAAUGAUAGAAAAAAUAGAAACGAAUGAUAAAAACAUGACGAAGACACAUUUUAAUACGCUUGUAAAGCCUAUGUAUCUACUAUUUCUGACUAACCGAAAUUUUUCUCUUAUGCCUGGUACGAAUGAAAGUGUCAGAGUUAAUAUGUGGUGUAGAAUGCACUGCGAAUUUGCACACCAAUUUGCUGAAAAUAUAACAUUGUACGUGUUCGAUAAAUGGAAACGUUUAAAUCAAACUUGGGAAAUAAAUCAUAUUGCACUUCCGGAUUUUCAAAACAAAAACAUCACAAAUCUGGGCCUUAUUUUUUACAAAGAAGCAGAUAUUAUCUACAAUGACAAUGUAGAUUCUGUUGCGACUAAAAUCAAAGUUUCCCGAUUCAUGGCCUAUAAAAUAAUAGAGGAAUGUUUUUAUUAUGAAAAUCCACUUUGGCCAUCAUAUAUGUUCGAUGAGGCUCUUGUCUCAUUUCUUGGAUUAUAUGUCACCAUGCAGACUCUCCCAAGUACCCGGAUAAUGGACCUUUUUGUGGUACAAAUUCAACACGACUCUCUUCAUUUAGAUACUAUAUAUGAUACAUCACUUUAUAAUACAUCAUUCGACAUUUAUUUUCAACAUUACAGUUACAUUAAAGUAUCCAGUAUAUUUCGUUUAUUACGAAUGAGUUUUACUGAAGAGAUAUUUUGGCAGAUUAUCCGUACAUAUGUAAAGGACAACAAGCCAUAUUUUCACUACUUAAGUGAAGUUAUAAUGAACAUUUCGACCACUCAAAUGCAGACAGACUAUUUAUUUAUGGCAGUGCAGCUACUGAUGUCUCCAUCAAAAAUAAAUUAUUGUCCUGUAGCGAAAAUGGAACGAGAUUACAAUUAUAAAGAGUUCAAUGUAACGAUGAAAUAUAAAACAGAGAAGCCGUGUGAUUACAUACCUGUGACGUUUACGGUGUGGAAUGACUUUAUAAUAUAUAAUCGACACCAAAUUGGAUAUUAUCGAGUCAAUUACGAUAUCGAAAACUGGAGAAGAAUUAUAAGUUAUCUAAAUUCUGAAAGUUAUAUGUAUAUAUAUGUUCUGAAUCGUGCCCAAAUUAUCGACGACGCUUUCCACUUAAUGAUAACAAACCAACUUAAUUCCAUUGUAUUCUGGAAUAUCACGAAAUAUCUGUCACGAGAAACAGACUACGUGGCAUGGUAUCCUAUGUUCAAAGCUUUAGAAUAUCUGUCCAAUAUCUUUCUAUUUCAGGAAAACAUAUAUGUUGAUAUCAAGGAUAACAUGCUAUACUUAUUAAACAACUUGCUUAAUAAACUUAAAUACAAUGAAGUUUCUAGUGAAUACGAUCUUACAAAGUCUUUAAGAAUGGAGGCUGCGAGAUGGGCAUGUACUCUUGAUAGUGAAACAUGCAUAACAAAUGCCCGACUUAAUUUAAAUCGACAUCUCGAAGAUCCCAGAAAUAACACGCUUUUGCCAUGGUGGAAAGAAUGGACAUAUUGUCAAGGUUUAAAAAUGUUGUACUAUUCUCUUACCAAUGAAGAUUCUCCUUGGUGGAGAGUAUAUCUGGAAAAUAAAAAAUUUAAAACUAAAUUUUUAAAAUAUCUGUCUUGCCCUGUGUAUUCACAGUUUAUCAAUCCCUAUUUAAACCUAAUAAAAAAUGAUAGUACAACAUCGAUUAUGUUUUUCAAAGAUUUUUCCGAUAAAAAUUAUAUUAAUUAUUUUCUUUUUACUAUCGCGAAGCAUGCCAGGAAUCCUAUAAUACUCGACUUCAUAUUAGAAAAACUUGAUAGCAUAAGACCCAGACAAGUCAGCGAUCCUGCAACAUUUAUUGUUAUUAUUAAUAAUGUGUAUUCUAUAAAUCAAUUGGAAAAGAUAAACAAAUUAGCAGAAAGCUACAAACGUAUGGCAAUAUGGUUUUUACCAAUAUAUAGCAAUAUAUACCAAUAUGUUUUAAAUAUUCAAAGCAAGAUACGAAGGCGCAAUUUCGAAAUCAAAUGUCAGAAGGAUUACUUUCAGAAUUUUAUGAAAUAUCAAUAAUAUCCGUUUAAAAGUAACAAUUAUGACGCAAACACAUCUAUAUAUCUUUCUUACAAAU